UCGUUUAUUUUAUACGCGUUGCCAUCGUGUUAAUUUGCUAUUUGUUUUAAUUUUCGCUGUAGAGUUUACCAGACAACUGCUAAGUGAAGUGGCGUUGCUUUCAAGAUUUCUCUAUUUUCGAAUUUAUCUUGCGCAUUUUUCUUUAUUUUUUUAUUUUUUGUUAUGACUUCGGAAAGGGGAGAUAGUUUCAUUACCGCGUGUUAUGAUCUGUCAUCAGUAUAUUAAGUACAGAUCAGUUGGGUUUUCAAUUCCAGCCGCGUUGCAUUUAUACAUUUAAAGAACUCCGCUUGACGUGUGUUAGCCUAUUUUUAGUGCAUAAGUGUAAUUAGUGGGAAGACACUUCAGUUUCUAAGUGUGUUUGACAUUUCAUCAUCAGUGACAUAAAUUUUGUUUUCUAAUCGAUACUUCUAAAUAAACUGCUCCUCUCUGGAGUCACUGAGAAGAAAAUCGAGAUCUAUCGCUGCCAGAAAAUGCAGGAAGGUCAAGUUCUCAGAAUGGACGGAUCAUGACAGAGGUAUCACCGACAUAAGGAGUGCCGAAGAAGAUGACCUUGAGGAACCAGUGUCUCUGACGUCACCAGAACCACCUUCAACAGUUCCUCGCAAAGGAUCAAAGGGCUCAAACAUGAGUGAUAAUUACGACGUCGAGAACCAGGGACGGCCUCAGCCACCCCCGACCGUCACGACGUCCCUCAUAGAGAAGCCUGACAUUGACAAGAAGGUCAAGAGGCAUAGCAUCCACGGAAUGAUGGAGGAGGAGAACGUUAUCCGUCCUCAUCAAGAGAUGGCACAACUGUCGCUGGACGAAAAGAAAUUCCUCCUUGCGGUCGAGCGUGGUGACGUUGCUUCCACGAGGCGGAUGCUGCAGCGCGCCCAGGACACGGAGUACAUCAACAUCAACUGCGUCGACCCGCUGGGCCGGUCGGCGCUCCUCAUGGCCAUCGACAACGAGAACCUGGAGAUGGUGGAGCUCCUCAUCGAGCACAAGGUGGAGACGAAGGACGCUCUGCUGCACGCCAUAUCGGAGGAAUUCGUGGAAGCCGUGGAGGUGCUCCUGGACCACGAGGAGACCUUGCACCGAGAAGGGGAACCCCAUAGUUGGGAAGCCCUGCCUCCAGACACCGCAACAUUUACCCCUGACAUCACACCACUCAUUCUGGCGGCGCAUCGUGACAACUACGAGAUUAUAAAGAUCCUACUGGACCGCGGUGCAACUCUGCCAAUGCCCCACGACGUCAGGUGCGGAUGUGACGAGUGUGUGACGUCACGGCAGGAGGACUCCCUGAGGCAUUCCCGCUCGAGGAUCAACGCGUACCGCGCCCUCGCGAGCCCCUCCCUCAUCGCCCUGUCCUCCAAGGACCCCAUCCUCACGGCCUUUGAACUUUCGUGGGAGCUGAGACGGCUGAGUUUCAUGGAACACGAGUUCAAGUGCGAAUAUCAGGAACUCAGGAAGCAAUGUCAGGACUUUGCAACUGCGCUUCUGGACCACACCAGGAGCUCCUACGAGCUAGAAGUUCUCCUAAACCACGACCCCACAGGACCAGCCUUUGAGCACGGGGAGCGGAUGCACCUCAAUCGCCUCAAACUGGCCAUAAAGUUGAGGCAGAAGAAGUUUGUGGCACACCCAAAUGUCCAGCAGCUUCUGGCGUCCAUCUGGUAUGAGGGACUGCCGGGCUUCCGGCGAAAGAACAUGGUGCUGCAGGCCCUGGAGAUUGUGCGCAUCGGGAUCGCCUUUCCUGCCUUCUCCGCCAUGUACAUCGCCGCGCCUCACUCCAAGUUCGGCCAGACACUGCGGAAACCCUUCAUAAAGUUCAUCUGCCACUCAGCCUCUUACUUCACCUUCCUUUUCCUGCUGAUCCUGGCAUCGCAACGGAUAGAGUCUGUGAUCGGCGACUGGUUUGGUGACGAGGACCACCGCCAUCACCCCCCAGGGCCGAUCGACGUGAGCACCAAACGGGGAGCACCGCCGUCCAUCGUCGAAUGUUUCAUACUUGCCUGGGUUUGCGGGCUGAUCUGGAGCGAGGUGAAGCAGCUCUGGGAUGUGGGGUUAGAGGAAUAUGCUAACGACAUGUGGAACGUGAUUGACUUCGUUACAAAUUCACUGUACGUGGCCACAGUGGCUCUCAGAGUGGUCGCUUAUCACCAGGUUCAGAAGGAGAUGGCCGCCAAGUUGCAGAUGAACGAGCUUCCCCGUGAGGACUGGGAUACAUGGGACCCUAUGCUCAUAUCUGAGGGCCUCUUCUCUGCUGCCAAUAUAUUCAGCUCACUGAAACUAGUUUACAUAUUCUCUGUAAAUCCUUACUUGGGUCCCCUUCAAGUUUCUCUCAGCCGCAUGGUUCUGGACAUCAUGAAAUUCUUCUUCCUCUACGUUUUAGUUCUUUUCGCCUUCUCCUGCGGUCUGAACCAGCUCCUUUGGUACUAUGCAGACAUGGAGAAACAGCGCUGCCCAAAUGCAACAACUACCUUUGAUCCAAAGAAUCCUAGUGACCCUGAUGCUUGUGUGGUGUGGAGAAGAUUUGCAAAUCUGUUUGAGACGACUCAAACACUGUUCUGGGCCGUAUUUGGGCUUAUCGAUUUGGAUAACUUUGAGCUGGCCGGCAUCAAGAGUUUUACCCGGUUCUGGGGCAUGCUAAUGUUUGGAACGUACUCUGUCAUCAAUAUUGUUGUCCUUCUGAACCUUCUCAUCGCCAUGAUGAACCACUCCUAUCAGCUCAUUUCCGAAAGAGCAGAUGUUGAAUGGAAGUUUGCACGGAGUAAGCUAUGGAUCAGCUAUUUUGAAGAGGGCGGCAGUGUCCCACCUCCGUUCAACAUAAUUCCAACCCCCAAAAGUGUUUGGUACUUCAUUCAGUGGUUACACCGAAAAUUGUGUGGUCAUUCCAGAGCAGCUAAGAAAGAACAUAUGCGAACUAUACGGCGGAAGGUGAAACAGGCAAGUGAGAGGGACUUCCGUUACCAGAGUAUCAUGCGAAACUUGGUUCGACGGUAUGUGACCGUUGAGCAGCGCAAGGCAGAGGGUGAAGGGGUCACAGAAGAUGAUGUCAAUGAGAUUAAACAAGAUAUCUCGGCAUUUCGUUGUGAACUUAUUGAAAUUCUCAAGAACUCUGGCAUGAACACCUCCACAGCAACUGGCACAGGAACAGGAGCUGGAGGAAAGAAGAACCGUCAGAAAGAGCGACGCCUGAUGAAGGGCUUCAACAUUGCACCAGCACCGUCGGGUACAAGCCAACUGCCAACUGUAGCUGAGUUUAUGGCCAAUUUGCAACAGCAUCAUGAGCAUCAUGUGUCCACCACACAUCAUCUUCAUGAUAUCUUUGGUUCUACAACAUCUGCCAUAUUUGGCAGCAGUGUCGGGGCAGGCUCCACACCAAAGAAGUCUCAUCACCAUCACCAUCCCAACAACAACAACUCCUCCACUGGUGGUGGAGGGAAUGGAGACCAUCAUACUCACCGUGGAGGCUUUGGACGACUUCCAAGGCUUCAUAUCAAGAGAUCGUCUUCCCACAAACGCCGCUGGGGAACACUGAUUGAGGCUGCAAAGUCAGGACGUGUUAGUAGGUUGAUAGGCAGGAGUCGAUCAGAAGAUUCCGUGUGCAAUAGUCAUUGCAGGAAUAAUCACAACAUGCACUGCAGCAAUCACAGCCACAGCAACAGUCCUGCAUCCGAUGACAUCACAGAAUCACCAUCUGAUUCUAAUCCAAGCUUGGCAGAAACUGUUACUCACAGUAGCAUAGGGAGUAGCGCACUAGCAGCACUUAGAAAAAGGCGUAAGAAAUUCUCAGCAUCUAGAAAUAUAAUGGCAAACAGUGGGAGCAAUCCAAUAGCUCCACAGGUAUGUUGUGUCAUAAAGGGAGGCAAAAAACAGCUUCAGCGAGCGUCCAGUGUUCCUACAAGAGCAUCAGAAGUUGUCACGUUAAUAUCUCAUUGCCAUGAACAGACACAGUCCCAGCAACACUCAGUAGAAUUAAGCACAGGUCAGAAUGAGACUCUUACGCCGUCCACAACUGAGGAAAGUGUAGUUACGUAUUCAGCAGGUGUUGGGGGUGGUGUAAGUUUGGGGUCUUCUUCCAGAGAGCCACUUUUAGCUUCAAGCAGUAUGAAUCCUGCUAAUCAUAACACACUAUCACAGUGUUCUACACAGCAGCAGCAGGACUUGCAGAAUAAAUCACAUAAUGGAUCCGUUGUAGUUUUGCCAAACUUGCCAGGAAUUCAACCUGUAAGUGGGCAUAAUAUGUCAGCAGGCUGGCUGUGAAAUGUGAAUGUCUGGGUAAGUGGCAUCCUUAUGUAAACAUUACACAGGAAAGGCAAGACCAUCCAGUACAAAUCAUAUUCGACAGCUUGGAAAUGGUCCAUGAGAACUAAGCUAAAGUGAGCAAAUUGCAAGUGAAGUAUACAUUUUAAAAUUAUUUUGAAUUAACUGAUUGUCCUACAAUGAAAACAGUGACUUUAAUUUUUGAUUUCUUAAGUACUGAUUAUAGGCUGAGUCUGUAAUUCUAUCACUGUUGAAGUAAUAAAGAAAUUCAUCUUAAAUGUUUCAUAAACUAUGAUGCACAGUUAAUGCAGCAGCUUUGUAGAUUCAAAGUUUCAUCACCAAGCCUGGUUGUUAACCUUUACUGACCAUGUGUCAUGAUUUAUGAAUGGUCCAGCUGGCAGUCUCACAGUACAAGGGUUUAAACUGUCUGGCCUAGUAAAAUAAAGGUUAAGAACAGGACAGACAUGAUAUUAAGAUAUUCCCAUAGCAGUGAGAUCUUGUGUUCUACAGAUCCAUGUUUUGGGGCUUCCAAAGCCAAUAUGCCCUUCAUGAAAUGUUUUUCUUCUUAGAAUCUCAGUGUAUGGUGGGGCCUUUUGGCCUUUGUUGGUCACACAUAAAAGCAUCAGGGAUCACUUAUGAACUUAGAAUACAAAUUUUCUUAGUUUAUGUUUCAAUUCAUGCUAAUGUAACUUGUGUAUGGCAGUUAUUUUCACCAAAAUAAGUUUUUAAAUUUGUAUACUUCAUUUGUGGAAACUUAAUGUACUAUCCUGAGCAGCACUUCUCUGUGAAAGUGUGUUACGCACACUUAACCAUUCCUUAUUUAUUUCUCAUAUGCAUGUUAUAUUCAGUGUGACUUGCAGUCAUAUCUUUCAUCUGAUUUGUACAGAAAAGUCCUAAGAUGAAGAGUAGUGAACACACUGUACAGACAGUAUGUUAGCAACAUGUGUGCACUCUGAGCAUGUGUACUUUCCUUGUUUACAUAUGGGUGAUAGAGUAACAGUAUUUUGUAUUUAUUUAUUUUAUUCAGAAUUUACAAAAUAUAUCCGCAGCAUUUUCCUGGAGAUAUCCAUCGUUUCUUUUGUUUAUUUAACAGUCUGCUUCAGAACAGUCUUGCAUAUACUGAGGAAUGAAAUUGUAUUCUGCAUCUAUUCUGGUGAAUGUGAUUCUUCAGGGCCAAGAUGGUCAAAUAUUAAUGGAGUUACCUAGUUCAUCACAUAGAAAUUUGUUUAUUAUCUGUCAACUCACGUAAUUUAAUUAGUGCAAAUUCAUCAUCAAUCAACAGUGUGUUGUGAGUGUUAAAAAUUAUCUACCACUACUGUGCCAUCACUGAUGUAACCUUGUCUCAAACUUAACAGAUUCAUUAUCAUUGAUUGUGGUCUUCUGGGCUGUGGUGCCAUGUGGUCUUGUAGACAGUUGUCGAUGUUCCGGAAGACAAUAGUCAACAUCUUCACCGCUGUCAGGACCUCAAAGCUACCAUAAUAUAUCUAUACCAUGGUAUUACUGAAAACUAGCCAAGACAUGAUCCAGUGUACUUCAAUUUUAUACUGUAGUAUAGUACUCAUACAUUCGAUUUUCCACAUCAAAAGACCUCCUGGAGUAUUAGUUAGGAAAAAUUAAAAGAAAAAUAAUUGAGUUGUUUUCAGUUGCUUCCAAAACUUGCAUGAAAGCAACCGAGCAUGAAAACAGAUCCAGUCUUUUGUAGUUAUGCAGUUAUUUUUAUAGUGUCAGAUGAUAGUUGAAAAUGAUUAAGAAUUGAGGAGGAGGCGGCUAUCUUACUUCGGUACUUUCCGAGAGAAAUUUAGGAAACCACAUUAAAUCUCAGUUCGGUUAGUUGAUCUUAGUAUUUGUCUUAAAUUCUGAAUGUCAAGUUCUGUCUGUGAUGUGGAGACAUCUGAUAUUGUCCCUAAAAUUUUACAUGUAAAUAACAAAAGUAUUAACAAUAUGCUUAUUUUUUGUAUGCAUAAAUGCAUAUUUAGUGAGAUUUUAUAUGACUCGUUUACAUUUAUUUAUUAGAUUUCUAUCAGAGAUAAGCUGGAAAAAUUAUUUUCCACUGAAUGAACCCUCCAAAUUUCUGUGGUUACUGGUUAGUAGGCAUCAUAGUUUUAUGAGUGUGUCAAUUCCAGAGGUUAGGUACUGCUUUGUCACUUCAUCAUUCUUUAUAAUUAUAUUGACACUUCUCUGUUUCAUAUUUCUGGCAUUGGAUGAUCUUAAACAGCUUCUGUUGUGUUUUGUGGCCUUAAAUUUGUAUUCUUUUAAAUUCAUGUUUCUUUUGUUACCUCCACACCCCCUUUCCAUUCACAGUGUUUCUUGGGCAUGGGUUAGUAGUUUCAUCAGUGUCACAUUACAAACUAGCAAACUGGGUGGAUCACCGAGAAGUACUAGUCUGGAGCAAUGUUUCCAGUACAACACUCAAGGCAGGCAUCAUAACACCACUUCAUUCUUAAUUUGUGAACACCAAUUAACCCUCUGAAGCACAAAGUUCAUCAAAAGAACAUGUGAGAAUCCAGUCCCUACCUCAAAGAAAACACACUUCACUGUUACAAAGAUCAACUGGAAAUAGGGAAAUAAUCACUAUUUAUUCCGAGAAUAAUAUGAAGCCUGUCGUACACUCUGUGGGCAUGCAGGAUUACUCAUUGUUAAAGCAAGUGGUACAUAUAGUUACCACUGGGCUUAAAGGGUUAACAGUGAGGACCAUAAUGAGAUUCUUUCUUUGUGGAAUUUAUAGAAUAUAUUAUGUCAUUGCUUAUUAGUAUAAAGUGUUUUAGUAGCCUAACUGUAAUAACUGAGAGUUGGAUUUAUAUAUAAUUCUUGAGGUUAGUAGCAGUGGUUCUGGUUCAGUCCUAACCAUUAGCACUAAUACAAAGUAUGAAAACAAUAAAAAUAUCUUUCAGUGUGAUGAUAAUUGAUCAACUGAAGGAGGGUAGAACCUGUCUCCAAUAUGUUGUGUGUAUUACAUAGACCUCUACAGAACAAAGUUCAGAAUUAUUUAGUGCAAAGAAUCAUUGUCAUACAUGUUUAGAUAAUUAGUGAGAAGCUGCUUUUCCAGAACUGCAAACAGAAGAACUAUUAUUUUCUACCUAAUAGAAAAUUUGCUGUACUUAAUUAAUUUUCCAGUCACUAUAAUAAAUAAGACCAUGCAUUUCAUUAAUUGUAUAUUUUGAAUAUGAGAAUUUCUAAACACGUAUUCCAUCUGAAUCAGACAGUAGGAGUGAGGGAGGACAGAACUGGAUGCAAAGUAAAAUACUGAUUCACAUUAUAAAACAAAGGGGAAUAAAACGCUUCUCAGAUGGAUGCCAAGAAAUUUAUAUAGGAUGAUAUUUAUUAUUAAAAAUAUUUGAAGUGAGAAUAACAUGUAUUGACCAUUCCAGCAUAUUAGGAAAAUGUUUUUCCUGACAAUUAUAUAAAGUUAGUACAUUUAGUUAGAUAUAAUAUGCAGUAUUUGAAAGAAGCAAGAGUCAGGAAAAGACAGGAGUUAGCAAGACAUAUGUCUGGAAGUGAUUCGUUCAAUCUUCAAAGUGGAUGGAUGAUACAGUAAAAUUGUGUGUGUUUGUAGACUACAUCCCUGUAGCACCCUUGGACACUGAGAACCUAAUCAUAAUAUAGGAUGAGCUUUUCUAUGUCCUGUUCAUACAAUUCUUGUCUUGAUCUUUGAUCUAUCAUUUUACUGUUGUUUCCAUGGCACCACCUUUGGCUUCCGCUGUGUAGCUUCAUCUGUUUAUAGUGAUGAGGCAACAUCUAGGAGUCCCAUGUUUAUAACUGGUGCCUCCAGCAUCUUGAUGAUAUUCUGAUUACUUGUUGCCCAACACUCAGUGAAUAGUUGUCUGGUGAACAUUUUGUAUUUACUUAGCUUAUUUCAGAAAACAUGAAACUAUUUCAUAAAUGCUGUAAUAUCUGGCUUUAGAUAAAUCUAAGGGAAACUUUAAAUUUUUCAAAUUAAGACAGGUUCCUUUUAACAGAACAAUGUACUUCUAGAUAAGAAUUACUGCACAUUAUGUAUCCCAUUUAUGACUGAAAUUAUAAAAGAGAUAUUCUUGCUAAACUACACUGUUACUGAGCUGUACACAUUUUUAUUGGUUAGUGUACAUUCUUUCUUUCUCAUACUCCUCAUCCACUUUGUUCCAUUUAAAUGUGCUUCAUAUAUAAUGUUAGCACUCAAAAUUAAUAUUUUCCCAUUUGUGACAGAAUAAAUCACAGAACGGUUCUCUUGAAAGAGGCUGUUUCCUUUUAACUUCUUGAUUUACAUGUUAAAAGCUUCCAUUUGUAGGAGGC